AUGGGUGGACCGGGUUGCUUUCUGGGAAUUGUAGUUUGUAGUCUCCGGGUCUCCGCUGAGUGUCGCGCUGCUCGUGAACUACGAAGACCAAGAUCCUCUGCGGCUGCUCCUGUUUCCCCGCCUCUGCUCGCGGAACACGGAAGUGAACGAGGCCGAGGAGAGGGGACGGCCGUUUCUGUGGCAACGGGAUCUUGCGGCUCAGGGCUACCGAGGAAGAUGGAAGAACCCGGAGUUUAUAGGUGCAUUGAGUGCAGUAGGAAGGCUCCUGAGCUGUACAAGGAUUACCAGCGUGGCGUGCUGCGUAUUUCUAUCUGCAAAUCCUGUCAGAAACCAGUGGACAAGUAUAUCGAAUAUGAUCCUGUUAUCAUCUUAAUUAAUGCUAUCUUAUGCAAAGCACAGGCUUAUAGACAUAUACUGUUCAAUACGAAGAUAAAUAUUCAUGGGAAGCUUUGCAUAUUCUGUUUGCUUUGUGAGGCUUAUAUCAGAUGGCUGCAGUUACAGGAUUCAAGCCAAAGCACUGAUCCUGAUGAUUUAAUUAGAUAUGCCAAGGAAUGGGAUUUUUAUCGAAUGUUUGGGAUAGCGUCUCUGGAACAAACUGCCUUUUUGAUUGGCAUCUUCACUGCUUUGUGGCUAGCAAGAGCUGUAGUUCUGACAACCAAGGCAGAUUUCACCUUUCUUCUGAAAGCAUUGCUGCUAUCCAGCUAUGGAAAACUUCUAUUGAUUCCAGCUGUUAUUUGGGAACAUGACUAUACUUAUUUGUGCCUCUUGCUCAUUAAAGUGUUCGUCUUGACAUCAAACUUGCAAGCAAUUAGAGUUACCUUGAAUACAAGCCGAAAACUUUGUCUGGUGGCUAUUGUGAGUGGAUUAAUUUUUGAAAAUGCUAUCAUCAACUUGUUCCAGAGGAUAGGAUGGAAUGUUUGAAGCAAUCUUGAUUUAGUUUGUUUUAGGCUGAAUUACUUGAAGAUAUAAAGGAAAUGAUGUUUUUUGAGUCAUUUAUUUUGCCACUGUUUACUACCUGUUUGUUAUUAAUGCAGUGGUAAAGAGACAGUGAACAUAAAGAAAACGUUCCAUGCUGAAGAGGAGAUAGUAAUAUGAAGAGUGGAAUGAUGCACUGAUGGAAUGUAGUUAGUUCUAUAACAUACUUCAGUAUUUUUCAUUUGUCAAAAAUGUAUUGGACUGGUGGUACUGCUGUCCCAGAUAUUUAUGGAUCCAGUUGUGGUCCAUUUUUCUACUACACUGUUUAGUGUUUUGUAUUUUUAAAAAGCUUGAUUAGUAGUUUCAUUAUUGAGGGCAGGGGGAGCAUAUGUGGAAAUGGAGACAAAAUGAUACCCUAUGACACCUAGUCUGACCACCUUUUGAAAGCUAUUACAUCAGAAUGAAUAGCAAAGCAAUGCUUAUGACAUGGCACACAGAUUGCAUUAAAGUUAAGGCUGAAAUCCUCUACUUACCUUCGAGUAAGCCCCAUUAAAUUUGGUGGGGCUAACUUCUGAGUAGACAAGUAUAAGCCUGGAGCACUUGCUUCCUUUGCAAGGGCAUUGCUUCGAUAUUGCUGGCCGCUGUGCUACUUAUUUGAGGGAUAAUCACAUUUUUAAUUUGAUGGUGAUACAUUCUCAAAUGAUGAAGAUGCUUCAUUUCUAAAUCUCUUAAUUUUGAUGUUGAUGUAAGAGGCAUAUUUAAAGUUCUUAUUGAAAGGUUUAAGCAGUGAUCCUAUACCCACUUACCUGAGAGUAAUGUGAUGGAACUUAAUUCUGAGUAAGUGCAUACUGUUCUUAUGUUUCUCUGAAAAUGAACUUGGAAGUGCAUAAAGAAUUGUACUGUUCUUAUGUUUCCCUGAAAAUGAACUUGACAGCCUUAUUACACAUGUUUACUCAAAAGUAAGCUCUACCUGGGUACAUAUGAGUGGAGCCUAUGUAUGAUUUAAGUGUACAGUAUUUGGAAUGUACAGUAAAACUUCAUUCUGUGAACGAUAGCAUACCGUAUUUAAUUAGGGCAAUGGUAACAGGAGGUAGCUGGAAUAGAUAAUUGUCUCCCAAAAUUAAUUGUAAUUAACUGCCACAUUGGGAAACAAUAGCUUGUACUUGGAAAGUUAUAUGGUAUUAAUUUUUUUACCCCAAACCACGUUGGUUAGGUAGGAUGACUGGAGCUGCCCACCCAAUAGCUUUGCAGUUCUGUUCCAUGGAAUUGUGUUCAUAGAAGCUGAGGCAUCUGUUUUAUUUAUAUUUAAUUAUGAGGUUCAAAUAUGAAGAUGGUCUAGGUGAAUUUUGGUGUUCAACAGGAAGCCCUCUGAUAUCUUUGAUAAACUUUGCAGUGAACUCGAUGACUCAGAACUAGAGGUAUAUGUAUUAGGAAUUUGUGUUGAUGUUUAAUAUCCUUAUAUACCCUUGCUUUUUGGGGUAACAUUUCUGUACUGCCUUUCAUUUCAAAGAAUAUUUUAUUUUGAGAAUUUAUAUGUCACUUGUCAUUUCUAUGAUGAACUACCAGUAUCAAGUAGUUACAUAUAAAAGCUAAGAUAAUAAAAUUCAAUUAUUAAAACCAAAUCAGAAAGCAGAAGAAAAAAAUGGAAAGCCAAUACCUGGUCAGAGGCAGGUUCAUCACAGAAGUUUUGCCCCAUUGCAGUGUUGUUCUCAAGUGCAGCACUUCCCACUCUACACUUCAUGAGUCUAUGAUCUUCUCACGUAGACACAAAUGUCAGCUGUUCUCUAUUAUGCUUAAAGGCAACCACUAGGCUAAAGACUAAAUGUUCCUGGUGGUCCCUGUAUCUAGAGUGGCACAGGAAUCCUCUUUUUACCACUGAACUUAAGGGAAUUUUUCUGUAGAUAGGAUAUCCACAGCCCAUACGGCAAUAAUCUGUGUCCAUGCCAUUAUUAUUAUUUAUUUCAUAACGUAUAUUCCACUUGAUUGUUAAAAAAAAAGAGUGGUUUACAAAAGGAAUAAAAUAAUGAAAUGGUCACUUUAAAAUAGCUAAAAACUACUAUUUGAAAAUGUCACAAAUAUUUUUAAACCAAUGAUAAACUGCCGCUUCUAGCCUGUGUCAACAAAAUGCAUCUUCCCAGCCUCCCAUCUGUUGUUCCAUCCUCAGCAGCUUUGAGGACAGAACUCGGUCAGCCCCAUGCUGGGCUGGAAACUUUCCAUGGCCUACAUCUUUGAAAGAACAAAACAGAAUAUAUAAAACAGUACACAGCACUACUUCUUUUAAAGAAAGAAGUUGUGAUAACAACAAAGCCAUAUAAAAUCAAACAGUAAAAGAUCACAAUCAGUCCUAUCUCUCCUCAGCACAUAACUGUAAAAGCUUUUGCUGGGAUCUAAGAAAUGGUUGGUAUCCUUCAAGGGACUUGUGAUGACCCUGUAUA